UAAAAUCUUUCUUGGUCGACAUUCUUUUCAUCAAGUCUAAAAGAACAGAGAUCGGCGGAAACAGUUGGGAGUCGCAAUGGACAGUACAGUGUUUGAAGAAGCAGCUUCAGGGAACCAAAGGCUUAUUCAACGACUGCAGCAACAUAGUGUUGAUCCUCAACAAAAGACACCCCAAAAGAACACUGUUCUUCACAUUGCUGUGAUGUACAAUCAAAAGGAUAUUUCAAAAGAAGUUCUUCGCUUAUGUCCAUGGCAAUUUUACCAAGCAAACACUGAUGGAAACAGUCCUUUACACACAGCAGCGAAAAUCGGGAGUAAAAAGAUGGUUGAGCUUCUCAUCGAUGGUUCGGACGACAUUGACAGCCAGCAAUAUGAUAUUAUAGGAAUGAAAAACUUGAAAGAGAAAGACACAGCCUUACAUGUUGCAGUUAAAAAUGGUCACUUUGGUGUAGCAAAGCUGCUCAUGGAAAAAGAUCCAGGAACUUUGGAUUUGAUGAAUAAUGAUAAUGCGUCUCUACUUUUUCUUACCAUGGAGGGAGGUUUUCUCAAUAUUGCACAGCAUAUUUUACUCCAAUUUCCUUCAGCACCAUGCUGUGGCUCCAACGGCAUGAAUGCCUUGCAUGCAGCUGUGAUUCGAGCCUUUAAUGGUAAUCAUAUCAUAUACUUUUUUUGUUGCUAACGAUUUUUUGUUAUGGAAUUUUGACACUUUUUAUUACAACAUCUGGCAUCUAUGCUAGCUUCUAAUCAUACUCACUCUCCUUUGAAAACACUUAAUGCUUGUUGCAGCUCGCAAGUUUGAAUAUCGAGCGCCUGACUUAUCUCUGGAGGAAGUCCGACACCUGCUAUGCG